AUGGGAGGUUUUUAUUCAAAAACCUUAGACUCUGAAGAAUUAUCUUCUAUUUCCAGUGAUAUUGAGUCAAAACUUUCAGUUUCUGAAAAGCCACAAACUCAUGAUCAGAAAGUAACUAAUACUCCUAAAGUUAUUUCGAUUAACUACACUCCUGAUGAUGAGCAAGAACUAAAAACACACCUUAACUCUGUUUAUCGUUUAUUGCUCAAGAAGCGUUUUAGUAAUUCUGACAUCUUGUCUUUCUCUUCUCGUUUACUAUCAAUUAACCAAUUUAAACCUCCCAAUCAGAACGGUUCAGUAGCACAUAAUCUUUAUCAUCGUUGCGGUGGUUUUUGGGGAAAAGCCAAACGUGUUUUUGAUGACAUAGUCAAAGAUUGUUCCGCUGAAGAGGAUAAGACUAGAUUAAUACAACAAGUUAAAAGGACUCCCGACCAUCUAAUUUGUGACAAUGAAAAGGAUUUGUUAAUAAAAUUUAUUGAUCGUACUAUUGACGAAUCUGAAUUUGAGCAAUUGGUAGACCGUUUUAAAAGUCAUGUUGAAGAUGCCAUUUUUAUCCAUUUUUCAGAUAUUGUGCUACCAUUUUUUAGACACGUUAAAUCAGAUCUUGAGUCUCGUAAUUUAUACGAUUAUGACUUUGAGUUGAUUGGCGAUUUUUUCAAUCUGGAUGCAGAGAGACUAAUAUAUCAAUUUGUUAUGAGAAACAUUGAAGGUAAUUUGGACGACGAUACUUGGUUUAGGUUAAAAGAUUACUUCUAUAAUUGUUAUUAUCAACAUUUUGAAGAUUAUCUAAACCAGAAAAUAAGUGAAAUUUAUUCAUUCAACUUCGAACAACAAACUGAUACCAAGAACGUUGAAUCUCCUGACUUAGUUUCAAAACCCUUAGACUCUGAAGCUCAUCCUAUCUCCAGUGAUAUUGAGUCAAAACAUUCACCUAAUGACAAAUUAGAAAUUGAUGAUCAAUCCGUUGAAUCUGACUAUGAAGAUUUUGCCAAUUCUAUUCGUAUUAACUACACUCCCGAGGAUGAGCAAGAAUUAAAAACACAACUUAACUCUGUUUAUCGUUUAUUGCUUAAGAAGCGUUAUAACGAUCCUGAUGUAAUAAGAUUUUCGAGUCUUUCAAGUCAUUCAAGUCAUAUUGAUGAAUCAAUAAGUAGCAUUAAAAACGCUCCAAUUUCAAACAUUAUAUUUUAUCUUUGUGGUAGUACUAAAGAUAGAGCCAAGGGUAUCCUUGAUGAUAUAGUCAAAGAUUGUAUUACUGAUGAGGAUAGGGCCAGAUUGAUAGAACAAGUUGAAAGGGCUCCUGAUCAUUUAUUUUAUGAGAAGGAGAAGGAUUUAUUAAUAAAAUUUAUUAUUAAUACUAUUGACGAAUCUGAACUUGCUGAAUUAUUAGGCAUUGUUAUGGACCAUAUUCGUCGUGAAAUUUCUAUGUUUUCUUCAGAUACCUUGCUGGCAUUUUUGACGGACAUUAAUACCGAUUCUGGCUCUUGUAAUCCAUACGAACAUGCAGUUAGCUUAAUAAGUGACAAAAUAAAUUCGCAGGCUGAGAUACGAAUAGACCGAUUGCUUAUGAGAAAUAUUCUCAGAAAUUUUCGAAGGGAUUUAGCUAAGAGAUCGGAAACACAUUUUACUGACUUUAAUGUUGAUGAGUUUGAUAAUCUUCUAAACCGCAAUCUCAGUGAAAUUUAUUCGUUCUUCAAUUUCAAAAAAGCUGAUGCUACUGACGACCUUGAUAAAUUAACAACCAUAACAUAACACUACUUUACCCUAGUUUUCUUGACUUUGCCCGUAUAAAGUCAUCCACAACUAACUAUACUAAAUAUACCACACUACUAAUAUCUUAUGGACUUAGGCUCAAAUUCUUUACCAUUCUCUAAUCUUUUAUUAAUUAUAAA